CACAGCUCCCAAACCAGCUAAGUUAGUUUCCAUCAUGGCUAGCAAUGGCGCCAUUCCUUUCUUUUUACUUCUUUUGCUCCUCUUCUCCUUCUCUUUACCUUCCCCUUCCUUAGCCACCGCUAGAAAACCCUGGGUUCUCCUUCAACAACAACAACCCACCCUUCUUAAAUACCACAACGGUCCUCUCUUGAAGGGUAAUAUUACCGUUAAUCUCAUUUGGUACGGUAAAUUCUCCUCUUCACACCGAUCCAUUAUAGUCGACUUUCUCAACUCCCUCAGCACAGCAAAGACGCCUUCACCGCCAUCGGUUUCCUCGUGGUGGCAUACAACUGAGAAGUACCAGAGAGGUGGUUCGAGUGACUUCGUUGUAGGGAAACAAAUCCUUGAUGUUAAGUACUCUUUAGGGAAGGCUCUCAAAACUUCCCAACUCAGAGCUUUGAGUUCCAAAACCGGACAUGGAAAUGGCGGAAGAGGGGUCAACGUUCUUUUGACUUCCGCUGACGUUGCCGUUGAUGGGUUCUGCGUGAGCAGGUGCGGGACACAUGGUUCGGGUCGGGUUAAGAAGCAAAGGUUCGUUUACGCUUGGGUGGGUAACUCGGUGAGCCAGUGUCCGGGUUAUUGCGCGUGGCCGUUUCAUCAACCCGAGUACGGACCGCAAACUCGGCCGUUGGUUGCUCCUAACGGCGACGUCGGGGUUGACGGAAUGGUGAUUAAUCUGGCGACGGUUUUGGCGGGAACCGUGACGAAUCCGUUCAAUAGCGGGUACUUCCAGGGGCCGGCGGAAGCGCCACUGGAGGCGGUGAGCGCGUGUACGGGGAUAUUCGGGAAAGGGGCGUACCCGGGGUAUCCUGGAGAGGUUUUGGUGGACAAAACCACGGGGGCUAGCUAUAACGCCGUUGGGGUUAACGGGCGUAAAUAUCUGGUCCCGGCGAUGUGGGAUCCUCAAACAUCAACAUGCAAAACACUGGUUUGAGCAAACACAAGUGGCAUGGAAGAGUGAUGGGUUUUUAUGUUAUUAUGUAUAUUUACGAGCUCAACUCUGUAUACAUUUGUCCAAAAAAAGAAAAGAAAUUAUUUUCCUAUAUUUGAGUGUGGUUUUAUUUUAAUAAAAAGGUUUUCCUCUCUAUAUAAAUAUUGAACGUCUA